GUCCCCCUCACUCCUCCCUUCACAACCACGUCCCCUCUAAAUAUGAUUCCAAUCAAACCCCUCUUUGGACUCGACACUCUUCUUUCCUUCUGCAAUCCGGUCUAGCUAAUCCCUCUCUUUCUCUCUCUCUCUCUAUUCUAUCCCAUUGCAAUUUUGGUCUAUUCCCUCUUUCAGAUUCCAGAUCUCUCCUUCUCUCUCUAGUACCAAGUCAUGAAGAGCAGCAGCAACAACAACAAUACCAAGGUGAUUCUCAUCCACCCCUCCGUUCACAAGCAAGGAGUGCCCCAUCGAGUUUGGCUUCUCGCUUUUGUUACUUUCUUCACUUUCGCCUUCCUUCUUACUCUCUUCAAUACUAGAGAUUCUGCAAAAUCAACGGCCGCAACCACCUCUGUAACCUCCUCCUCUUCUGUCUCGGGUCAUUCGCGGUUGCCCAAGAGCGUUGCCGAUGCCCUCCUCCACUACGCCUCCAUCUCUAACGUCACCGGCCGGAUGUCAGAUGCGGAGCUCAAAAUGAUCACCGACGUCCUCCAGCGCUGCCCCUCUCCUUGCAAUUUUCUCGUAUUCGGCCUCACCCCCGAGACCCUUUUGUGGAAGGCUCUGAAUCACUACGGGCGGACGGUCUUCCUCGACGAGAGCGAGUAUUACAUUGCGAAAUUCGAAGAAAAACACCCCGACAUGGAAGCGUACGACGUUCAGUACACAACCAAGGUGAGCCAAAUGAAAGAUCUCAUCGCGUCUGCGCGGGAGCAGCUCCACAACGAAUGCCGACCCGUACAGAACCUACUCUUCUCCGACUGUAAGCUGGGGAUCAACGACCUCCCGAAUCACCUGUACGAGGUUGCUUGGGAUGUGAUACUGGUGGACGGACCGCGUGGCUAUUACCCGUCGGCGCCGGGCCGCAUGUCGGCGAUCUUCACAUCGGGAGUGCUGGCGAGGAGCAAGAGAAGCGGAGAUAGGAAGACGCAUGUGUUUGUCCAUGACUUCAACAGAGAGGUGGAAAGAGUUUGCAGCGAUGAGUUCCUGUGCAAGGAGAACCUGGUGGAGUCGAAGGACUUGCUUGGGCAUUUCGUACUAGAAAGGAUGGAUGCAAAGACGUUCCAAUUCUGUCGCAAUCGCACCACAUCGUUACCGUCGGCAUCAUCAUCGUAGAAGCAUCGUGAGUCGAUGAUUCUGGGAUUAAUUUCUUAUGUCUCUGUUUAUGUUUAGUAAUAUUUUUCCAUUAUAUU